AAGAUGAUAUGUGACUGUAAACUGGCGUGGAUUUGGGGUCUGAGAAAUGAGACAAAAAAUCCAAAGCUACGAGAGGGAUUGGAAGAGUUGACUUGCUUCCUUGAAGCGACCUACGAGCCAAAAUUCGAUUCUCGUGAGGAAUUCAGCCAAGCCCUUGAGAUUGUGCGUAAUAAAGGAUACCAAGAUAAAGGGCCUAUGGAUGAAUCGCAGUACUUAAGUGACAACUACGACGAUAAUUACAGCGAUGACGAAAAUCCUCCAAUCGGGCAUCAGAUCGAGAUAGAUGGCAAGCCGAGUUACGUGAGACGUCUGUUUGACCUCAAGCCAGAAGACCUGCCAUGUCCGACACCUUCGAAAGAGGAAGUCAUGGCGUCGGAACAACCCUCGGGGCACCGUGACCACGGCUCGUCGAGCUCCAUCUUCUCCUUCUCGUCGGGCGCCGCUGUCAGCGGACAUCGUUCACCGGGUAACCUCAGCUUCGCCAUCCUACUCGUGCUCACAGCCCUUACAUUAUUCACCGACGCGCGAUCUUUCACGUAG